AUCGUCACUCUUUGUCGGUCUCUUUCUCUGUUGGCAACGUGGUGAAACGUUACAGUUUAGUUGAAACUUGCGUAUUUCGAUUGAAAAAUCAUUGUAAUUCAUUGUUUUUUGCGUUUGAAACACCAAACCAAUUUUCUUCAAACAAAAAUGGCAUUCGGAGAUGUAAAAACACCAAAAGGUCUUGAAGAACUUAACAAUUUCUUGGCCGAAAACAGUUAUAUCAGCGGAUACGCUCCAUCAAAGGCUGAUUUGUCGGUGUUUGAUGCUUUAGGUAAAGCUCCUGCCGGUAAUGUGCCACAUGUUCAAAGAUGGUAUCGUCAUAUUGCAUCGUUCUCAGCUCAAGAACGUAACGCUUGGGGUGGACAAGCUGUGCCACAAGUUGCCGGCGCCAAACCAACCACACAAGCUGCUGCUGCUGCCGAUGACGACGAUGACGUCGAUUUGUUUGGCUCAGACGAAGAAGAUGAAGAGGCCGCACGUAUCCGUGAAGAGCGUGUGUCUGCCUAUGCCGCCAAAAAAUCCAAAAAACCAGCCCUCAUCGCAAAGAGUUCCGUUUUGUUGGACGUCAAACCAUGGGACGAUGAAACCGACAUGAAAAAAAUGGAAGAAAAUGUCCGUACCGUCGAAAUGGAAGGUCUUAUUUGGGGUGCAUCAAAAUUGGUGCCAGUCGGCUAUGGUAUCAAUAAAUUGCAAAUUAUGUGCGUCAUCGAAGAUGACAAAGUCUCAACCGAUGAACUCCAAGAGAAAAUCGAAGCCUUUGAAGACUACGUUCAAUCCGUUGAUAUUGCUGCAUUCAACAAAAUCUAAACCAAUCCAAUUGGAAAUGCUCACACACAAAAACACAAUCCCAAUAUCAAUGCACACAGCAAUCUGUUCGGCCAUUUAACAAUCUUUGUCGAAAUAAAAUAUUGAAUUUUUGAUAGAAACAAUAA